UAUGUUUAUAUCACAGCACGUCUGCAUCAAUAUGUUUACGUCGGUCUCGUCUUAUACAGAACCGUAAUACACAUUGCGAGUACAUUUCUCUCUAAGUGACAACUUAACUGGUUAACAUCACAUGUAUUCGAUCGAGCAAUAUAAAGCCGCGUUUAGGGAACUAUGUAUCACUUGACGAGGGGAGAGCAUCGAUUGGUAUCUUGCAUGACCUGCAUGGAAGAUACGUGCGAAAUGGGUUGUGCGCAUUACCUCUGUGUUACUCCGAGACACAUCCGGGCCCCGAUCCGCAGUGUCGAGUGAUGGAGCAGCCCAGUUCUGAGUGCCGUGUCGCAGGGCGCCACAUGCCAGGAGCCCCUGCCGAAGAGCCAGGGACACGCAAGAUGUAACAGGUGUUUUCUUCAUAAAAACACAACCGAAAUCCAGAGGAACAGAAGAGGGAUAAGGAAAACAGUACUAAGAACUUCAUAUACACAUUUCUAAAUUCAAAUUCUUGUAAACCAACAGAAAAAAAGAAGACAAGGAAAAACACAUUAAAAUUAAAUGGAACUUUUAAAAACAACAUGUCAUCAUCAUAGUUGAAUUGAUUAAAAAAUAAACGCUAAAUCUUCCUGUCUGGAAUCAACUCCUCAACAUACUUGCAAAAGGGGAGGGUCAUGACCCAGUUGCCAUGCGCAUUGCCACGGUGACCGGCCUCCCCAGCCCCUCCCCCCUUCUCCUUCUUUUGGCCCAGCUGCUGCUGCAGCUCCUCCUCCCGGGGCCGGAAUUGGCAGGGGCCGCCUCCACGUGCCCUGCCCUGUGCAGCUGCUCCAAUCAGGCCAGCCGAGUGAUUUGUACAAGGCGGAACUUGGAGGAGGUGCCUGAAAGUAUAUCUGUCAACACGCGAUACCUCAACCUACAGGAAAAUUCAAUACAGGUGAUCAAGUCGGACACCUUUAAACACCUGAGGCAUCUAGAGAUCCUGCAGCUCUCCAAGAACCACAUUCGUCAGAUCGAGGUGGGGGCGUUCAAUGGCCUGCCGAACCUCAACACCCUGGAACUCUUUGACAACCGACUCACGCUGGUGCCCUCCCAGGCCUUCGAGUAUCUCAGCAAGCUCCGGGAGCUGUGGCUUCGCAACAACCCCAUCGAGACUCUGCCCGGGUACGCCUUCCACCGCGUGCCCUCGCUCAGACGGCUGGACCUGGGCGAGCUCAAGAAGCUGGACUACAUCUCUGACGCCGCCUUCGUGGGCCUCAUCAACCUGCGCUACCUGAACCUGGGCAUGUGUGGGCUGAAGGACAUCCCCAACCUCACAGCCCUGGUACGGCUGGAGGAGCUGGAGCUGUCCGGGAACCGGCUGGAGAUCAUCAGACCGGGCUCCUUCCAGGGCCUGGUAUCUCUCCGCAAGCUCUGGCUCAUGCACUCCCAGGUGUCAGUCAUCGAGCGCAACGCCUUCGACGACCUCAAGAACCUGGAGGAGCUGAAUCUGUCCCAUAACUCCCUGCACUCCCUCCCCCAUGACCUCUUCACCCCGCUGCACAAGCUGGAGCGGGUGCAUCUCAACCACAACCCCUGGGUGUGCAACUGUGAUGUGCUGUGGCUGAGCUGGUGGCUGAAGGAGACGGUGCCCAGCAACACCACCUGCUGCGCCCGCUGUCAUGCCCCUCCCGUGCUGAAGGGCAGGUACAUCGGGGAGCUGGACCAGAGCCACUUCACCUGCUAUGCCCCCGUGAUCGUCGAGCCCCCGACCGACCUGAACGUCACCGAGGGGAUGGCGGCCGAGCUGAAGUGCAGAACGGGAACCUCGAUGACCUCCGUCAACUGGAUUACCCCCAAUGGAACCCUCAUGACCCACGGGUCCUACAGGGUCAGGAUCUCUGUCUUGCACGACGGCACGCUGAAUUUCACCAACGUCACUCUCCGGGACACGGGCCAGUACACUUGCAUGGUGACCAACUCGGCCGGUAAUACUACGGCGACGGCCGUGCUCAAUGUCACGGCCGCCGACGUCAGCAUCAACUACACCUACUUCACCACUGUCACCGUGGAAACUGAGUCAAAUGGAGAUGGGAAUCCUCCCCGCCAGGAAAUAAAUCAGACCUUCAUUCAUAUCCUGGGUCCUACCCCACCUGGGGAUAUUCUGGGUGUGGGUACAACUCUGGUCACCACAUCAUCUUCGAUUUCUUCCUGGUCAUCGUCCUCUCCCCGAGCUACCAAGUCCCCAGACAGGGCCUUCACGGUACCCAUAACGGACAUUACCAACAUGUCCGGUCUAGACGACGUGAUGAAGACCACAAAAAUCAUCAUCGGUUGUUUCGUUGCCAUCACGUUCAUGGCUGCGGUCAUGCUGGUGGUGUUCUACAAGCUGAGGAAGCAGCACCAGCUCCACAAGCACCACGGACCUGCCCGCGCCAUCGAGAUCAUCAACGUGGAGGAUGAGAUUGGAGCCGGAGGGGGCGCCGGGCGAGGGAGUGGAAUUUCGGGGGGAUCCACUGUUCAUUCUAGCAGUGGGGGAGGCAGCGGUGGGGGGCAGAGUUUAAGAUUGCACCAUCCGGAAAUUGUCAACCUGCCUAAUCUGGCCAGAGCUGAGCAUCUAAACCAUUACUACAAGGCGCACCAUUUCAAUAACAACAUGAUCGGCAUGGGAAUUGGGACAGGUUCUGGGGUAGGGGGAGGAAUCCUCAACAACAAUAACAACCCUUCCCCCCUUUCUCAGCCCUCCCAGAACACCCCUAUUUCCUGCACGCAAGUUCCCAUUUCCUCAUCCAAUUUGCAGAACACGUCUGGAAACAGCACCAACCCCAGCUCUGUCCCCUCCCCUCUUCCCCUGCCACCUUUGGGCAUACACGGAUCUCUCAAGGGUCUAAUGAGCAAGAGCCAGAACCCUCAAAUCGAACCACUUCUGUUCAAGAGUGGCUCCAAGGAAAAUGUCCAAGAGACUCAAAUCUGAGACACACACACAAAAAGUGUGUGUGGCAGCCAUGCUUCUGAUACCCCACCAAGGCAGCUUUUGAUGGACUGGGGGAGGUUUAAUCAGAACAAUAUAAAUAUAUAUUUACUGAAGAACUGGACUCUUCUGUGUGAUGGCACUGUGCUGGAAAAGAAAAGAAACAGAUGGACAGAGGGGGUGAAAUUGACAUUGCACAGGGAGGGACAUUAAAUUAAGUACAUACAGUACAGACUAAUUGGACAAUACAGUACGCUGACUUUCUGCUGAGCCGGGGAGUUAACACAGUCACAUUUAGUGGGUCUGUCUUAAUGAAUAGAUAUUGCAGUGAAGUAUUGAAUUGACACCACUACAGCCUAAAGCUGUACCAAAGUAAAAAGCCUUGUAUCAAUAUCACUGGUAUUACAAAGGUAUGUCCUGAAAGUGCAAUCCGCGCAAGAUUUUAACACUACGCACAGUCACACAGUACAAUACAGACACAGUGCAAUCCAAGGGAAGAUAUUAACAAAGACUGCAGAGUGCAGGUUAUGCACCAGGAAAAAAAGGGUUUAUUUUUACAGACUUUGAAUGAAACGACCUGUGCCAAGCAUUUGCUCUGUCCCUCCGGUACACCCAACCCCUGCAGAGGAGAACAAGAAGAGAUGGAGAAGCGAGUGAAGGAGUGACAAAAAGACAAUGUGAGAUGAGGGAAAAAAAAAACUGUGAAAAUACAUACAAUAUAUAAAUAUAUUUUCAUUUGAAGAAAUAAAUUAUGGAGAAUCUCUAACAACUCUGACUCAAAGCCACAAACUUUGAAGAAUAUACGAGCUGCUGUUGUUACAGCUAUUAGGAUUGCAAUUAUUAUAAUGACAGAACAUUGUCACUAAUAUUUUUUGGUUAUCGGAGGUCCUGCAGAGAAGAAAAUGAGGUGGUAGAAACGAGAGGUAAAGAUGCAGAGUUAAAAUGGAUACAUAUUCAUGUCUGGUGUCAGUUGUCUUGGCUUUGAUUUUGGUAAUUUUAUAUAACAUAACAAGUGUUUCCCCCUUCUCUGGAUA